AUGGCGGAGGCGGUUCCUGCACCCCAGUUUCGGCCGGUUACACACCUGAUAUUUGACAUGGAUGGAUUGCUUCUGAAUACUGAAGAUUUAUACACCGAGGUGUUUCAAGAAAUAUGUGAUCGCUAUGGGAAGAAAUACACCUGGGAGGUCAAGUCCCAGGUCAUGGGGAGGACGGCUCUCGAAACCGCAGAGAUUAUAGUACAAUCCCUGCAGUUGCCCAUAGCCAAAGAUGAACUAUUGGAACAAAGCCAAGCAAAGCUGAAGGGGUUGUUGCCCACAGCUUCCCUCAUGCCAGGAGCUAAUGAUUUGAUUCACCACCUGCAGAAAAAGCACCUACCCUUUGCCCUGGCCACCAGCUCCGCGUCCUUCACCUUCCAACUGAAGACCAGUAGACACAAGGAGUUCUUUGGUUUGUUCCAUCACAUCGUUCUGGGAGAUGAUCCCGAGGUAGUGAAAGGCAAGCCAAACCCAGACAUAUUUCUUACCUGUGCGAAGAGGUUCUCUCCUCCCCCAGCUCCAGAAAACUGCCUCGUCUUUGAAGAUUCUCUAAAUGGUGUGGAGGCAGCCUUGGCCUGUGGGAUGCAGGUGGUCAUGGUUCCUGAUAAACACUUGAGCACAGACCUGACGAAAAAAGCCACCCUGGUGCUGGGUUCCCUACAGGACUUCCAGCCUCAGCUGUUUGGUCUGCCUGCCUAUGACUGA